CGCCUGACGACAGUCAGUUGGCUUUGCACGUGUAAUUGCACUUUUGUCUAUCAGCAGGAGCGAAGAUAAGAGAAUGGAUGAAAUGUGAAAGCUUCGUAUGUAACUACACACCUAUGUGUUUACAAAUCACAUAAGUAAUAUGUGCCGAGUGUGCGGGGUGCGUGUGCAUCAUCGUGGCGACACGAUAAGGCAUCCCGCAUAAGAAGAACAGAGAGGCUAGGUCAGGCCGCAGUUGCGGUGGGGAUUAAUUGAAUAAAAGAAUAGUCAUUAUAAGCAGGAGGCACCUCAGUAAUUAGAUAACAAUACAUUUUCUCGGGAGGUAUAUUUAGUUGUCGCUUGCACGUAUACUCCGGAUUGUUGAUAUAGGUUAGAAACAGGGUAGUGUACUUUGUUGAUAUAAUAAAGCUGUGUAAAUCUGUAAUGUAAAAUUUUUCAUGCCAAUUGUCAUGGAGUGGAAAACGGUGAUAACCACAAUCGGGGUCGUGAGUCUGUGCUUCCUGGCAAUACCGAUCAAGAUCGAGCCCGACAACACCGAAAACGACCUAAAAUUGUUCAAGACUUAUGUUGAAAAAUUUAAGAAACCUUAUACAAGAUCACCUGCAGAGUACGACGAAAGAUUUCGCAAGUUUCAGCAAUCCCUCCGACACAUUGAGGAGAUGAACGCCAAGCGAACAUCGAAAGAAAGUGCUCGAUACGGGGUUACAGAAUUUUCCGACAUGUCCGAGGACGAGUUUGCGAACUCUUAUUUACGCCCUGAUUUAUCCUCUCGAGGAAUGCGGCAUCUCCAUCACUCACAUCAUCACUCGCACCGGCACAAUCGGGAUAAUACUAAAGAUCGAGACGGCAGCAGUGAGAAGAACAGAUUGCGGCGAUCUACCACCGGGUUACCAGUAAAAUUCGACUGGAGAGAAACCGGAUUCGUGACGCCGAUUCGAAACCAAAUGAAUUGUGGUGCUUGCUGGGCAUUCAGCACCGUUGAAGUAGCCGAAACGAUGUUUGCGAUCAAAAAUGGCACGUUGCACGCACUCAGUGUUCAAGAGAUGAUUGAUUGCGCCGGAAAUAGUAACUUCGGUUGCAACGGCGGUGAUAUUUGCAGUCUGUUGAUGUGGUUGACGGCAACGCGGGUCAAAAUCCAGGAGGAACCCGCGUACCCGAUGACGUGGAGAACGGACACUUGCCAAUUGAAGAAGGAAGAUUCGUCAUCCGCUGGGACAUUUGGCGUGCAGAUUAUGGAUUUCACGUGCGACAAUUACGUAGACGCCGAAGAAUCGUUGAUGGAAAUCCUUGUCAGCCAUGGUCCAGUUGCUGCAGCGGUGAAUGCUUUAUCGUGGCAAAACUAUCUGGGAGGUGUAAUUCAAUUCCACUGUGACGGCGGGUUCAAGAGUCUGAAUCACGCGGUUCAGAUCGUUGGCUACGAUUUGAGCACCUCCGUACCUUUUUACAUUGUCAGAAAUUCUUGGGGUGAGAAUUUUGGCGAAAAUGGUUACCUGUACCUCGCAGCUUACGGUAAUCUUUGCGGUAUCGCCAAUCAAGUAUCGUCAUUGGAUGUCGCGUAGAUGAGAAAAGUCGCGUGGCUCUUCCUUUUUAUACUCAUAUUACGUAUGUUUUCAUGCAACAUACUGUUUUUAUGAAAUACGCUGUGGCUGCAAUUCGUUUGUUCAAAAUUUAAUGUGUGAAAUGAGGAAAAAACUUUACUUAUGUGUAGUUUUACGCGAGUAACGUUUUAAUAUGCAACACAGGCACAUCGAUAGUAUGCACGUUAUAUGUUUAUCUUUUUUUAAUUUUAUAAAUAUAGGUACAUGUGUAUAGUAUUCGCAAUAAUUAAUAACUUCAAUAAGUAACACAGGUCUCUUAAUAUAAGUACGUUCGCAUACGUACGACAGUAUUAGCGUACCACUGUUGCUAGGAAAUUAUCUACAUAUUAAAAUUAAUUAACUCGUCGAUUAUACGUUUAAAAUCAAGCAUAUUACUAGUUAUACAGAAAGUAUUCAAAUGCCGGAUGGGUAGGAAGCUAAAAACUCAAAAUAACUUCAAUUUCUAUCGUGAAAAUUAAGAAAAUAUAGACUCAAAACGAGAACGUUACCAUCAUUCUUAUUAUUCCCGCUCAAAUCUACAACUAGACACGUAAUCUGCUAAAGUACACCAAUAUCAUUAAAAAUGUAAAACCUGUGAUUCAGUACUGACGAAUAU